AUGUACACGCCUAUAACAAUGGAGAAACCCAGCGCUUAUGUCAUCAUAAUCCCGUUGCUUCUUUGUUACAGCCUGCAGCGGGACACCUACGACCAUGAUGCCAUCUGGUUCUGCAUCGUUUUCUACACCAUUUUCGGGGGAAUAAUGCGUACAACCGGAGGCACUGAAUUCGCGUCUUCCUACCAGCCAGACGUGCUCAGCAGUGGAAGAGAGUUCUCAUCAUUUGCGGAGUCGCUAGCCAGCCCGACAGAACCGUUUGCGACUGCAGAAGACACGCCGACGCAAGGGAGGGGAGGGAGAUCGCGGCGUCGAGGCGGGUCUUCGUCCACGCCAGUGAGUAUGACGGCGCCAGGUUCGCCAGAAUUCGGCGCCUCGCUCAGCAGCCCAACCAGCGGAACGACAACGUCCACGACAACCGUAUCACCCACUUACGCAAGCUCGUCAGACAACGGUAGCAUUGAUGACAUCGCUCGAGAAAUGCCAGGGGAUGUCAUCGUCGAGGAGAGAGACGGCGAGUAUAUAUAUUUCUUCAUCGAAGAGGACGGCCGGCGCACGCAACUCGAAAACGCGCCACCGCUAGAACAGAUGGAGCCCGACAGCUUUUUCACUGAGCAAUACUUGCUCGACAAACCGAUAAAACUACUUGAUCAGGAACAGCAAGAGAAGCUGUAUAAGGCAAGAAUGGAGAAGCCAACCACCUCUACGCGAAUAAGCGUGACACGCCCGACAGGUGAAACCGACACUGUACCAACGAGAGAGGAGCGGAGAGAGGGAGUUGGCGUUAUGGCCCUGCCGCCUCGGCAGCAGGAGCUCGGCCUGCUUUGA